AUGUAUGUCUCUCUCUCUCUCUUUCUCUCUCUCUCUUUCUCUCUCUCUCUAUCUAUCUGUCUCAUUCCACUAAUUUAUUUUGCCUUUCGGUAUCAAUUCUCUCUUUUAAAUUCUUCAUUAUAUGUAAUUUUUUUGCUUCAUCUAUCUAUCUAUCUAUCUAUCUAUCUAUCUAUCUAUCUUUUCUCUGCUUCCCUCCAAUAUCUUAUUAUCAUAUUUUCUUUCCUUUCUCACCAAUAUCUUCUCAUAUUUUCUCCUCGUUCUCUUCAAUAUGUCAUUUUCGUGUUUUCCCUCCUUUACCUCCAAUAUCUUAUUAUGAAAUUUUCUCUACUUUGUCUUCAUUAUAUCAUUAUAAUAUUUUCUUUACUUUCCUUCCUAUAUCUCAUUCUCAUGUUUUUCCUCAUUUCUCUUCAAUAUCAAAUCAUAUUUUCUCUACUUUCUCUUCAAUAUCUCAUUCUCAUAUUUUCUCUCUUUUCUCUCCAAUAUCACAUUAUAUUUUCUCUACUUUCUCUUCAAUAUCUCAUUCUCAUAUUUUCUCUCCUUUCUCUUCAAUAUCUUCUUAUAUUUUCUCUCCUUUCUCUCCAAUAUCUUCUCAUAUUUUCUCUACUUUCUCGUCAAUAUCUCAUUGUCAACUUUUCUCUCUUUUCUCUCCAAUAUCACAUCAUAUUUUCUCUACUUUCUCUUCAAUAUCUCAUUCUCAUAUUUUCUCUCAUUUCUCUCCAAUAUCUUCUUAUAUUUUCUCUCCUUUCUCUCCAAUAUCUUCUCAUAUUUUCUCUACUUUCUCUUCAAUAUCUUCUUCUCAUAUUUACUCUCCUUUCUCACCAAUAUCUUCUCAUAUUUUCUCCUCGUUCUCUUCAAUAUGUCAUUUUCGUGUUUUCCCUCCUUUACCUCCAAUAUCUUAUUAUGAAAUUUUCUCUACUUUGUCUUCAUUAUAUCAUUAUAAUAUUUUCUUUACUUUCCUUCUUUUAUCUCAUUCUCAUGUUUUUCCUCAUUUCUCUUCAAUAUCAAAUCAUAUUUUCUCUACUUUCUCUUCAAUAUCUCAUUCUCAUAUUUUCUCUCUUUUCUCUCCAAUAUCACAUUAUAUUUUCUCUACUUUCUCUUCAAUAUCUCAUUCUCAUAUUUUCUCUCCUUUCUCUUCAAUAUCUUCUUAUAUUUUCUCUCCUUUCUCUCCAAUAUCUUCUCAUAUUUUCUCUACUUUCUCGUCAAUAUCUCAUUGUCAACUUUUCUCUUUUUCUCUCAAUAUCACAUCAUAUUUUCUCUACUUUCUCUUCAAUAUCUCAUUCUCAUAUUUUCUCUCAUUUCUCUCCAAUAUCUUCUUAUAUUUUCUCUCCUUUCUCUCCAAUAUCUUCUCAUAUUUUCUCUACUUUCUCUUCAAUAUCUUCUUCUCAUAUUUACUCUCCUUUCUCUCCAAUGUUUUCUCGAAUUUCCUCUACUUUCUCUCCAAUAUCUUCUUCUCAUAUUAACUCUCCUUUCUCUCCAAUAUUUUCUCAUAUUUCCUCUACUUUCUCUCCAAUAUAUUCUCCUCAUAUUUACUCUCCUUUUUCUCCAAUAUCUUCUCAUAUUUUCUCUACUUUCUCGUCAAUAUCUCAUUCUCAAAUUUUCUGUCUCUUCUCUCCAAUAUCACAUCAUAUUUUCUCUACUCUCUCUUCAAUAUCUCAUUCUCAUAUUUUCUCUCAUUUCUCUCCAAUAUCUUCUUAUAUUUUCUCUCCUUUCUCUCCAAUAUCUUCUCAUAUUUUCUCUACUUUCUCUUCAAUAUCUCAUUCUCAAAUUUUCUCUCUUUUCUCUCCAAUAUCACAUCAUAUUUUCUCUACUCUCCCUUCAAUAUCUCAUUCUCAUAUUUUCUCUCAUUUCUCUCCAAUAUCUUCUUAUAUUUUAUCUCCCAUCUCUCCAAUAUCUUCUCAUAUUUUCUCUACUUUCUCUUCAAUAUCUCAUUCUCAUAUUUUCUCUCUUUUCUCUCCAAUAUCACAUCAUAUUUUCUCUACUUUCUCUUCAAUAUCUCAUUCUCGUAUUUUCUCUCCUUUCUCUCCAAUAUCUACUCAUAUUUUCUCUACUUUCUCUUCAAUAUCUUCUUCUCAUAUUUACUCUCCUUUCUCUCCAAUGUUUUCUCGAAUUUCCUCUACUUUCUCUCCAAUAUAUUCUCCUCAUAUUUACUCUUCUUUUUCUCCAAUAUCUUCUUCUCAUAUUUUCUCUACUUUCUCUUCAAUAUAUCAUUCUCAUAUUUUCUCUCCUUUCCCUCUAAUAGCUCAUUCUCAUAUUUUCUCUCCUUUCUCUUCAAUAUAUUCUUCUCAUAUUUCCUCUAUAUUCUCUUCAAUAUCUCCUUCACAUAUUUUCUCUACUUUCUCUUCAAUAUCUCAUUAUCAUAAUUUCUUUACUUCCUUCCACUAUCCCAUUAUGAUAUUUUCUUUCCUUUCUCACCAACAUCUUCUCAUAUUUUCUCCUCGUUCUCUUCAAUAUGUCAUUUUCAUGUUUUCCCUCUUUUCCCUCCAAUAUAUUAUUAUAAAAUUUUCUCUACUUUAUAUUCAUUAUAUCAUUAUAAUAUUUUCUCUACUUUCGCUCCUAUAUCUCAUUCUCAUAUUUUCUCUCCUUUCUCUCCAAUAUCUUCUCAUAUUUUUUCUACUUUCUUUUCAAUAUAUCAUUAUCAUAUUUUCUCUACUUAACCUCAUAUAUCUCAUUCUCAUGUUUUCUCUCCUUCCUGUCCAAUAUCACAUUAUCAUAUUUUCUCUCCUUUCCCUCCAAUACCUCAUUAUCAUAUUUUCUUUUAUCUCCAUUAUUUCAUUAUCAUAUUUUCUCUACUUUCCUCAAAUAACUCAUUCUCAUAUUUUCCUCUCCGUUCUCUCCAAUAUCUCAUUAUCAUAUUUUUCUCUUCAAUAUCUCUUUAUCAUAUUUUCCCUUCUUCCUCUCCCAUAUCUCAUUUUCAUAUUUUCUGUCUUUCCCUCCAAUAUCUCAUUCUCAUAUUUUAUUUUAUUUUCCCUCCAAUAUCUCAUCCUGAUAUUUUCUCUCCUUUCUCUCCAAUAUCUUCUCAUAUUUUCUCUCCUUUCUCUCCAAUAUCUUCUCAUAUUUUCUCUCCUUUCUCUCCAAUAUCUUCUAAUAUUUUCUCUACUUUCUCUCCAAUAUCUCAUUCUCAUAUUUACUCUCCUUUUUCUCGAAUACCUCAUUCUCUUCAUCUUCUUGCCUCUUUCAAACAUGUCCUCAUUUACCGGCCACCGUUUCCCGCUCUUUCUAAGCUCCACUCGACCUUUCUAA